AUGGGUCUCGGCAUCCUAAACGACACCAAGCUCCAGCACGUUCCUGGAACUGCAACUGUCUUCGAUGACGAAAGCAGACUACGCGAGGAAAACGCGGUGCACGACCCGAAUCUGAAGUAUGAUUCUACGGGCACCAUCAUCCUUAUACCCCAGCCUUCUAACGACCCCAAUGACCCUCUCAAUUGGCCACUAUGGCGACGCGACCUCAUCCUCCUAACGUUAUCCCUCUUGUCUGUGAUCGCCUCGACUCUCAGCCCUCUUCUCGCUGCGGAUACACUCUCCCUGUCGCUAUACUUCGGACGUACAUUCACGGAUGUGGCACUCUUGACUGGCUAUCACCUCCUCGGUGUUGGAGUAGCUGGCUUCCUGUUUGUUCCGUCUGCAAGAAUAUGGGGGAAGAGGCAUCUAUACCUACUAGGCACGGUGGUGCUAGUAUUCAGCAGUGCUUGGGGCGGCGCAAGCAACAAGAACUACAAAAGUCUACUAUGGGCACGAAUCUUUCAAGGUAUUGGAUUGGCGCCCUUUGAAGCCCUGGUUAAUGCCAGUGUCGGCGACCUCUACCAUGUCCACCAGCGAGGGAAACGCAUGGCUCUGUCCAAUCUGGCCCUCUUCGGCGGUGCAUUCUUCACUCCAGUGUUAGUGGGCAAAAUUGCGGAUACCAUGAGCUGGCAAUGGACCUUCUAUUUCGUGGCUAUCUUCUCGGGGGCACUGCUUCCGGUAGUGGUCUUCUUCGUACCGGAAACGGCCUUUCGACGGGACGCAGUUUUCAACACGGAUACGGCGACCACCAACACCCCCAGUCCUCGUCUUGCCCCUGAAAACCGCAUAGAAUUGGAGACUUCUCCUAAUUCGGCUGUCGAGUCCACACGAGACUCACAACAGGACAUGACUAGAGCGAUGCAAAAAGAGAUGAGUGUUGAGCACGCCGACGACACUGCUCCUCCACCUGAGAAGGCAAGUUGGGCGAAGAGUCUGCUUCCUUUCAAUGGAAGAAAAUCAGACGAUAGAUAUCUCAAUCUACUUUUGAGACCCUUCACCCUGUUCUUCCAUCCGGGUAUAUUCUGGGCAUGUCUCAUCCAAGGAACUCUCAUUGGGUGGACCGUCAUGAUCGGUAUCGUCCUCGCGGCAAUCAUGCUUGGUCCACCUCUCUUCUUUGGCGAAGUCGAGACUGGAUACAUGUACACUGGUGCAUUUGUGGGAGCCCUUUUGGGCUUUGUGCUGGCGGGGCUAAUCUCUGACUGGUCGGCGUCAUACCUGACUCGCCUUAAUCGCGGCAUCUAUGAGCCAGAGUUCCGGCUUAUUCUGGUCAUACCGCAACUCAUCUUUGGAUGUGCGGGCCUCUAUGGCUUUGGCAUUGUGAGCAACAAUAUCGGGAAGUACAAGUGGUUCUGGCCGGACUUCUUCUUCGCAUUGGAAGUCAUGGGCAUGGUUUUAGGAGCGGUAGCCAGCGCUUUAUAUAUUGUUGACGCUCAUCGCGAAAUAUCUGUCGAAGCGUUCACUUGUUUACUUGUUUUCAAGAACAUAUUCAGUUUCGGUCUUACGUGGAGCAGUUACGACUGGCUAGUGCAAACCGGCGUCAAGCCUGUAUUCAUGGCUGUGGCGAGUGUCCAGGUCGUUGUGUGUUUACUAAGCGUACCGAUGUAUAUUUUCGGGAAGAAGAAUCGCUCAUUCGUUGCUCGGCAUAAUGUUUUCUUCAAGAUUUCGGACAAGGUCGCAGACUGGUUGACAUUUUGGUAGAUGAUUAUUGUCUAUAUAAUAGGGGAGGGAUAUUGGCACACCUCCUAAUCACUCCGCGCACACCCCCCUUUUUCACUCCACGCACACCCCCCUCUCGUUUGAUCUUCUGAUUGGCUGGAGCGGCUCGGAGCUUCGUC